AUGUCUCCUCGCACCUGUCUGACGCUAGAACAAAAGCUCCAAGUGCACCUAAAGCUCAAGCAGAAUCCUGGCAUGAACAACCCCAUGCUCGCCCAGUGGAUCUACGCAACUUUCAAGGCCCGGGUCAGCCGUGCCACACUCGCCCGACUGCGCAACCUGCCUUCUUCCUACUUCAGCCACGUCGACCUGAGUGCGACCAAGCGGCGCCGAGUGAAAUUCCCUCAGUUCGAGCGGGAACUGAGGGAAUUUUUCUUUCAGAACGAAGCUAAAACGGCGAUGGCGGACGACGUGCUCCUGCUGAAGGCGCAUGAGCUGGCGGAGCGCUUAGGAGGAAGAGGAGGAACAGGAACCCGCAGUUCAACCUGCCAUUGCUCUGAGACACUGCAUGGAGCUGGCUGCAUUUCUGCUGCAAUGCGGAGAGCAGACUGA